AUGAAAAUUUCCAAGAUUUGUGAAGAGCUUAUCAAACCAUCAUCCCCAACCCCAAUUGAGCUUAGAGAUCACAAAAUCUCUUUUAUAGAUGAAUUAAUACCCCAUUCUUCAAUUCCACUCAUUUUGUUCUACAAAAAGAGUGAAAACAUCACACAAUCACAAAUAUGCAACCACUUAAAAACUUCACUUUCACAAACUUUAACUCAAUUUUACCCUUUGGCUGGAAGAAUAAAGUCCCAAUAUUCAAUUGAUUGCAAUGAUGAAGGAGCUUACUAUCAAGAAUCACAAGUGGAUUCACUUGUAGACAUAAUCAAGAAUCCAAAAUCCAAUGAAUUAGUCCAACUCACACCUUAUAAUUCAAAUGGCACCUUAUCAAAUUUUCAAGAAAUUUUAGCCAUUCAAGUUAACUUAUUCAAUUGUGGUGGCAUAGCAAUUAGUAUCUCCAUUUCACAUAAGAUUGGUGAUGCUUCUAGCCUUUGUAAUUUCAUUAAAAAUUGGAGCAAUGCAUGUGAAGGGUUAAUAAGAAGUCGUACAGGCUCUCCAGAAAUGUUGUUGCAUUCAUGCCAAUCAACAUUUUUGAAAAACCCUAGCGACACAGAGACCGAUAAGGUAAGAAAAGACUCUGUUUUUAUCUCUUUAUCGUCGAUUUUUCCGUCGAGAGGGACAAUUGACAACACGUUAAAUGUAAACAACAUGCCCAUUCGUAUUGUAGCUGAAAAAUUAGUAGUAAAAAGAAUUAUUUUUACUAGUUCAAAUAUAGUUAAAAUGAAGGCUAAGUUGAUAAACUGGGGAUACAAUGAGAACGUGACACGUGUAGAAGUUAUUAUAGGUUUGUUAUGGAAAUGUUUUAUGGUUGCAAAAGGGUGUAACUCAGUUGCAAUUAUUCCAGUGAAUAUAAGGCAAAGGAUUGUGCCACCCUUUGAUGAAAAUUCAUUUGGUAACUUUUUUUUAGUAACAAGUUGUAUGGCAAGUGUAGAAAAUGAAUGGUGUUCAUUGGUAGGGAAAAUAAAAAGUGCAAUUGGGAGUAUUGAUGGCAAUUAUGUGGAGAAAAUACGUGGAGAUGAUGGUUAUGAGUUUGUGGACAGUAAUUUUAGGCAAGUAGGAAAAUUGAUGAGGAGUCAAGGGGAUGAUUUUCGUGUGUUAACAAUUUCAAGUUGGUGUAAAUUUCCGAUUUAUGAAGCAAACUUUGGAUGGGGUGAGUCUGUUUUGACGAUUGUUGCGACUCUUGGGGUAAAAGAUAAUAUUGUUUUAUUAGAUUCUAAAGAAUUUCGUGGUGGAAUUGAAGUUUGGAUUGUUAUGGCUGAUCAAGAAAUAACAGUAUUUGAACAAGAUAAAGAACUACAAGAUUUUACUUCAAUAGAUGCAAUUUGUGAUCUCAAUUGAAUAUAUUGAAUCAUUUGGUUUGAAAAACAAGAGAAGAAGUUAUUCGAUGGAUAACAUUUAGGUAAUUUUUUAAAGCUCAAAAUAAAUAACGGCUCGUAAAGGAGCUAGGCCGGGUGCAAUGACCUUUUCUUUAAGAGAAACAAGUGGCUCACAAGGAACGAAUUCUCAUCACUCGAAGAAUGAUGGUGGGAUAGGAUUCAAACUUGCAGUCUUCAAGUAACGAGCGAGAAUCAUGUCAUUCUAAAGUGAAUAAUUUUCUUUAGUAUUUAGUCUAUUUUUUUGUUGAAAUAAAUAAUUUAAAUAUGAUUAGUGGUGGAUUUGCAUUAA